AUGCUCCACGCCCUCGUCUUGGGUGGAAGGGUGUCGAGCAGACGAAGUAGCGUUGCCUGCCGCUUCAGUGGUAGAAACUCGAGCGGUCGACUCUCCGGCGGCAAGAGGAAUUUCUUCGCUCUCACCAUCGUGAACAAAGGAAGAUCAUUUGAUGAAGACCGGGACCUGGCUUUGUCUACCUGUGGAGAGAAAACUGAGGAAUGGAGUGCCCAAGGCAAAGAAGCGAGCAAGAAUGGCUCUGGCUGUGCCAAAAGGCAUGGCCAGAGACCUUAUCCGUGCCACAUUCCAGAGCCAGAAUGGGUUUGGUCAUUCCUUGAGGCACGACCACGUCUCCAGAUUUCCAAUUUUGAAGAACAGCUGUGCCUUAAGGCACGACCAGGUAGCCAAGAGCCGGUUUGGCCAUGCCUAGAGGCACGACCACCUCUAGAGGUUCGCUCCGUGUGGGCUCAUAACCUCGACGAGGAGUUCGCCCUUAUCCGCUCCGCCGUCCCCUUCCACCCCUUCGUCGCAUUGGACACCGAGUAUCCUGGCGUCGUCGUCGCUUCCAAAAAUCCCUACUGCACCCUCCCCCUCCCCCAGCGCUACGAAUUGAUCCGCGCCAAGGUCGAGGCCCUCCGCAUCGUCCAGGUCGGUCUCACCCUCUCCGACGCCGCCGGCAACCUCCCAUGUGCCAUCUACACCGACGGCACUUGUGUGCGUUACGUGUGGGAAUUUAAUUUCCGCGACUUCGACAUCAGCCGCGACCGUUACGCCCCUUCCUCCAUCGAACUGCUCAAGGCUAAUGGCAUCGACUUCCAAAAGAAUCAAGUAUGGGGCAUCGACUCUUGCAGAUUCGCCCAGCACUUGGCCACCUCCGGCUUGCUCUCCUUUGACCAUUUUUCUCCCGUCUCCUGGAUUACCUUCCAAGGCGCCUAUGACUUCGCCUUCCUAGUCAAGAUGCUGACAUGCGACUGCAAGUUACCAAAGACCGUUCAUGAGUUCUUGCACCUUGUUCACUUCUUUUUCGGCAAAAGGGUGUUCGAUGUGAAGCACCUUUGCAAGCAUUGUCCUGGCCUUUACGGAGGAUUGGAGCGGGUGGCCUCUACCGUCCGAGUUGAGCGAGCAGUGGGCUCUCGACAUCAGUCCGGCUCCGAUAGCUUAUUAACAUGGCAGGUGUUCUACCAAAUCGCUUCUCGUGUCAAUCCACAACUCAUCCAUCGCCCAGAACACAUGGGAGCACUCUUUGACCUCCAACUGCCUUAG